CCAAGUUUUACCAGCCGCUCUCUGUCUUGACUCUUCUGGAAAUUCCUUGGCUCGAAGAAUUUGGAGCUCAAUUCCAAAUCCGCUUGCUUGCAGAACCAAGUCAACUCUUCUGUUCAGGGUAAAAAUGUAUCCCUCAUUCUCCCUCAUUCCGCUGGGUAUCAAGGAAUGAGCCGCCAACCCUGAAGAAAACCCUAGAAUAAGUGCGGAGACAUGUCGAAUGUGCGGGUUGAGUUCGAUGAUAUAUUGCCUAGCAAUUUUCUGUUCAUUUCGAUCCUUGCGAUGCUUCGUAAGCGAAACGGUGGAUCCUUGCAAUUCACCCUCUUUUGCUUCUCGUCUCUGCUCCUGAGUUUUAACCCUAUCGUAUUGUAAGACCCAGAGCUGAUGUCUAAUCCCAUUAUACGAAGAACAGCUUUCUUUCCUUGGUUUCCUCUUCUUCUUCACGAGAUGGGUGUUACUGCUCAUUCCAGAACUCCCGUUUCUCCAUCAUGUCGUUCCUUUUACUUUCCAUCUGCAGUCAUCUCUUAUUGUUGUCACACUUAUUGUACCACUGUUAAUGCUACAGAAACCGAUCCCCAGUUCUUAAGUUUCAUGAGAAGUCAGUGCUGGUCCGGACAAUUGAAAAAUGUUGAUACUGCCGUAGAUUUUUUUCAUAUGAUGGUUAGGAUGAAGCCUUUGCCAUCUGUUUUUGACUUUACGUUAUUGAUUGGGGCGAUUGUGAAGAUGAGGCAUUAUACAACUGCGAUUUUAUUUGUUAAAGACUUGUAUUCUUUAGGUAUAAAAGCUGAUGUCUAUACUCUCAGUAUUGCGAUAAAUUGUCUUUGCCAUUUAAAGCAGACAGGUUAUGGGUUCUCAAUUUUGGGGACAAUGUUCAAAGUUGGUUUGGAGCCCACUGUAGUGACAUUUAAUACUCUCAUUAAUGGACUUUGUGAAGAAGGCUACCUGCUUCAUGCAAUAAGAUUGUUCGAAGAUAUGGAAAAGGUUGGGUAUAAACCUGACAUUCAAACCUUUGGAGUGGUAAUAAACGGAUUGUGCAAGAUUGGUGACACAUGUGCUGCUAUUAAGUGUCUAAGGACGAUGGAAGAGAGAAUCGGGAAACCAAAUGUUGUAGUUUACAGCACGGUUAUCAAUAGUUUGUGCAAAGGCGGAUUGGUAUUUGAGGCUUUAAAUUUGUGUUCCGAAAUGAUUAGCAAAGGUAUUCGACCUAAUCAUGUCACUUGCACCUGUUUAAUUCAUGGUCUUUGUGAUUUCGGUAGGUUGAAAGAGGCUAUUGCAGUAUUUAAUGAGAUGAGGCAGAGGGGAAUCGUGCCAGAUGCACAAACAUUCGGUAUUUUAGCAAAUACAUUUUGCAAAGGGGGAAUGAUCAUGGGUGCUAAAGCCAUUAUGGGUUUCAUGAUUCAUAUGGGGGAGGAGCCUGAUGCUGCCUUUUAUAGUUCAUUGAUGGAUGGGUAUCGUUUGCGAAAUCAAAUGAGUGAGGCCAUCAAGGUAUUUAAUUUGAUGAUUAACAGGGGCUGUUUACCAGACAUUGUAACUUAUAGUUCAUUGAUUCAUGGAUGGUGUAAAGGAGGAGAUAUUGAUAAGGCCAUGCAUCUCUUGGAUGAAAUGAUUAGUAAAGGAUUAAUUCCAGAUGUUGUCACUUGGACUACUCUUAUCGGUGGGUUUUGUGAAGCAGGGAGACCACUUGCUGCGAAAGAAUUAUUUUUUAACAUGCACAAAUAUGGCCAAAUGCCUGAUCUCAAGACCUUUGCUGUAAUGUUGGAUGGACUAUGGAAAUGUGGGCUUCAUUCUGAAGCAAUAUCACUAUUUGAUUCACUGGAGAAGAGAAAUUUAAAUCUUGAUUAUGUGAUCUACUGUAUUAUGCUUGAUGGAAUGUGCAGUUUUGGAAAACUCAAUGCUGCACGGGAGCUCUUUUCUAGUUUGCCUGCCAAAGGAUUUCAAUUGGAUGUUUAUGCUUAUACUGUAAUGAUUAAAGGUCACUGUAAAGAAGGGCUACUGGAUGAGGCUGAAAACUUGUUAACAACUAUGGAAGAGAAUGGCUGCUUGCCCAAUAGUUGUACUUAUAAUGUAUUUGUCCAAGGACUACUUCUGAAAAAAGAGAUUACAAAAACAAUGAAGUACCUUCAAAUAAUGAAAGAGAAAGGCUUCUUUGUGGAUGCUUCCACCACAGAAAUGCUUAUCAGCCGCAUAUCAACUAAUGAAGUAGACAGUACCUUUCGGCAAUUCUUGACGCAGGAAAAAUAAUGCAUUUGAAGAUUGGCUUUAGAAGUCUGUUUGAAUCUAACCUUCAAGUUGAUUAUCUGAUAAGCCUUUACAGUUGAGGCGUUACAUGUCUUCUGUGCCUGCUAUGUUGAGCAGCAUAGCAUGCUAAUGUGAGAAUCACGAAGUCAUGAAUACAGGGCAUUCCUUUUAACAAUUGGAAGCUUUUCAACGCAUGAGGAGGCUACUGGAUGAGUUAUGUCAUCCACACCUGUAAGACAUGUUAGUCUCAACAAAACUUGUUCCGCACCAGGCAAAUAUGCCCCGUAAUUUCGGUGACUGUAGUUUGCGAAGACAUCAACGUAAACUUGUUUGGUGUUAAGGCGAUCAUCCCUUGCCUUCAUGCUUUGGAAAGCUUGACUUGCUGGUGACAUUGAAAGCAUAUGACACUAAUGUUAAAUAUAUUAUAGGGAAAAAUUUGUACAGUUGUCUUAUCCGAGCAUGGUGCUGCAAAUUCUUCAAGUUUGUGUUUUCUUUUUUGGUUUUUUUUUUUGGGGGGGGGGGGAGCGGUGAUGGUACAUGAUUUAUGAGCACACAAGGGUCAUGAAUUAUUUCGUGUCAUGAACAAAUUUU